AAAUGAUUUGUUUUGGUUCUUUGGGAAAACUAUAGAAUAGCUUCCCCGAGUUGGUUCUUUGAUUUUAUUUAUAAAUAGCACUUCAUUUAUUUUGAUAUUAUUUAUACGCGACUAUACAUUUCAAACAUGAGCAGCAAUACCAGCACUGUGCGAGCAUUACCACAAUCGAAGGAAGCACUAUUGAAAUCAUAUAACACACGUCUUAAGGAGGAUGUACGUAGCAUGUUGGAGAAUUUCGAAGAGAUCAUCAAACUAGCACGCGGUGAAGGCGAUUCUCAAAUUUCUAAAACGACACAAUGUGAGCAAGACACUUAUGAAAUGCAAGUGCGCGCUGCGAAUAUCGUGCGCGCCGGAGAGUCACUCAUGAAACUUGUAUCAGAUAUUAAACAGUAUUUAAUAUUAAAUGAUUUCCACUCCGUCAACGAGGCGAUUACCAACAACUCACAGUUAUUCCGUUCGAAACAAAUGGAAUGCGAUAAGAAACUUAUGAAAUUGCGCGAUGAAAUGGCUAUGGAUUUGUAUGAUCUCGAAGAGGAAUAUUAUACUAGCAUAUUUAAGUGAAAAUAAAGUUAUAUUUAAGUGCAUAAUACAACUUAUUAUUAAUAACCAUACGAAAAUAUUAAAUUGAAAAAUAUCAACAGUAUUAACUAGCCAA